GCUACUGCUCCACUCAAGCCUCUGAGAAAUCCGCAGAAUCUCUAUUUCCCUGCUCUCUGUUUUGGCUGUGUCUUACCCUGUCUGCUCUUCCCCAGGUUCACUCACCUCUGUCGCGCCAGCUGGGUUCGCCUACCUGCCCUCUCCCCUCGGGCGUCCUCCAGGCACCUCCUCGCUCCUCGCCACUCUGCCUGCCGUCUCACUCCUUCUCCCAUUCCUCCGUAUCCUACCGACCGGUCUCGAACGCAGCAUACGGGUAGACGUGGCAACACAUGACGUCAUCAAAGUGGGUCGAUGGUUUUAUUCAUGGGUUUGCGGAUCCGUACUGAGCUGGUCUAGCUAGCAGUUGAAAACCUUAUUUGCCACUGGCCCGGUAUAUUCUGGGCCGAAGUGUAGGAAUAAGGCAGAGAAGAUGAUGGAAGAGAGUGGGAUUGAGACUACACCUCCUGCCAGCCCUACACCUCCUCUGACUGUGGCUGCCACUGUCACUGACCUGCCAAUGACAACAGGUCUGCCCAGCACUCUGUCCCCCCCAGGCAGCAGCUCCAUCGGUUCCCCCUCAGUCUCUACCGCUCUCCCUGCUGUGCCCUCCUUCCCUGCGAUCAGUGGCCCUCUGGCCACACCCCCUUCCCUCUCCUCCCAUCUCGCCUCCCCCUUCACCAGCAAUUCUCCUUUCCCUCCUUCUACCUACCCCUCUUUGCCUCCUCAGGCAUUCCCUAUUAGACCACCUCCCCCCUCAGUUCCUGGCAUGUCGGCCCCUCCUGUAGGCCCGCCCAUGUCCAGCUUUUCAAUGAGUGCAGGAUAUGACAUUACACGGGGUCACGCCGGCAGAACGCCACAGACACCACUUAUGCCAACAUUCUCCAGUCCUCCCGCCAUGCCAGGAGUAGUGUCAAGCCCACUGGUUCAGCAGCCAGCCAUGACAGGAGGAUUAGGUACUGGAUCUCCCAUCACUUUCCCAGAGGAGCAGGAAGAUCCCAGAGUGUCUGGAGACAUCAACACCGGUGGAGGCAUAUGGGGUUUUUUCAAGGGAGUAGCAGGUAACCCUGUUGUAAAGACAGUCCUGGACAAAACCAAGCACUCUGUGGAGUCCAUGAUCACGACUCUGGAUCCUGGCAUGGCUCCAUACAUCAAGUCUGGUGGAGACAUUGACAUUGUAGUGACUUCAGAUAAGGAGACGAAUGUGGCGGCAGUCAGAGACGCCUUCCAGGAGGUUUUUGGGAUGGCCAUGGUCACUGGAGAGCCUGGUCAAUCUAACAUUGCCCCACAGCCUGUCGGCUAUGCAGCCGGUGUCAAGGGGGCUCAGGAGCGCAUUGACAGCCUGCGUCGAGCUGGUGUGAUCCAUGAGAAGCAGCCAGUAGUCUCUUUGGAAAACUUCAUCGCUGAACUCUUUCCUGACAAGUGGUUUGACAUAGGCUGUUUGAUCCUGGAGGACCCUGGUCACAGUAUCCGCAUUGAGGUCUUCACUCAGGCAACUCCUCUGGCUCUAGAUAGCGUCCAACAGGCUCAGUCCCUGACUCCUCCUGACUAUAACCUGCGCUGGUCAGGUCUGAUUGUUACAGUGGGUGAGGUCCUGGAGCGCAGCAUGCCAAACAUCUACAGAACAGACUGGCAUCAGGCCGUGACGGGAAUGACUCAACGCCAGAUGAUCCAGAGUGCUACCAAAGCUCUGGCUGGAAUCUACAAACAGCAGCUGCCACCCAGGACCCUGUGAGUUUGAAGGGUUCCAGCUUCUGUCACAUGCUGAAGAGGUGGAGACGCAUUGGAGCAAUAAAUGAACUGAUGGGACAGCAAGGUUCCUGGUAGCUCCCCAUCCAUCCUCUACCUGUCCUUGUGGGGCAAAGCCAAAUGCUUUCUUUAAAGAAACUGAUAUUUGUGCUCACAGAUGUUUACUGACAUUCCAGCGUGUCAGCCUUUUUACUGGAAGGCCAUCAAAUAUCAAAUCAAUACUUUGUUGCCACCUCAGGCUUCUUUCAAGGCGGGUGACAAGAUGAUCAGUCAGUGGCUAUUAUCAUGUAUAUUAAUAUCAACAACCAUAACACAUACUGUAGUAAUGUUUAGUUUUCUUGUUUAAUGAAUGAUUAUGGUAAUUGUAGAGACCAUGAUAAAGACUGUGUCCCACUUGUAUUCUAUGUCCUAGAGGUUGUCACAGAUCCAAACCUUAAUGGCAUGAAUUCAGUUUUUUUUUUUAAACGAGACCCAAUCCAAAAUUCAGUAGAGUCAUGGAUACUAGACUGGGAGGAUGUGUGAAAUUCCGUACUAUUAACUGGAACACUAUAAAUUGUACUUUGUACUAUCUGACAAUUUCAAACAUUUCAAAAGCAUAUAUAUAUAUAUAAAAUUUUCUAAAUCCAUUUAGAAUCAGUACAUAGUUUGCAACUGGGACACAGCUAGAGUGAUCUAAUGGGUCAAAUGACAUUGUCAUGUUUUAGAUAUGUGUUAAACUAAAUUAUAGUAUCACAGUCCUUGAUUCUUGGUUGUUUUAUUGCAAAAUGUUUGCUCACCAUUGAGGUUGUGCUGUAUGUAUGCACUCAUUAGAUAAAAACACAUUUUGACGCAUGAGUAAAAACAGGAUGCUAACAGAGUAACCUGGUGAAGUCAGCGUGGAAAGAACAUUCUACUCUUUGCUUUGUGUCCUCUAAAUGUGCCUUUUUACACAAUUAAAUGACUUUUUCAUGGUG